AUGUGGGGUCAAUGUCAGAAAAGACUUUCCAGAGAUUCCAAGGAGAUUCAGCUGGAUCGUUGUGACUCCACAGAUUGCGGUCAACCAGCUCUGAACACCAGGAUUGUUGGAGGACAAGAUGCUCCUGCAGGGUUCUGGCCUUGGCAGGUCAGUCUGCAGAAAUCUUCACACUUCUGUGGAGGAUCCCUCAUCAACAACCAGUGGGUGCUGACGGCAGCUCACUGCUUUCCAAGCACCAACCCGUCCGGCGUGACUGUACGCCUGGGUCUUCAGAGUCUCCAAGGAUCAAACCCAAAUGCAGUAUCUCGAUCAAUAGUAAAGAUAAUCAUUCAUCCAGGCUACAGCUCAUCCACACUUGAAAAUGACAUCACCCUCCUGAUGCUGGCCUCACCGGUGAAUUUCAACGACCACAUUGCUCCUGUGUGCCUGGCUGCAGCGAGCAGCUCCUUCUACAGCGGCACCGACAGCUGGGUCACCGGCUGGGGCAACAUUGGAAGUGGAGUUUCCCUUCCUGCCCCACAAAACCUCCAGGAAGUACAAGUACCGAUUGUGGGAAACAGACAGUGUAAGUGCAGCUAUGGAGCCAACUCAAUCACUGACAACAUGGUGUGUGCCGGGUUACUGGAAGGAGGCAAAGACUCUUGUCAGGGAGACUCUGGUGGUCCGCUGGUCAUAAAGCAAAGCAACCGCUGGAUCCAAGCAGGAGUUGUGAGUUUUGGCAAUGGUUGUGCUCAACCUGAUUUCCCAGGAGUCUACACCAGAGUGUCCCAGUAUCAGACCUGGAUCAACACCCAAAUCACCACCAAUCAGCCGGGCUUUAUCGCCUUCACCUCCAAUGGAACUGACAGUGACCUUAGUGUGUCGUGUCCAGGAGUGCCACCAAUUACACUCACAGAAACAACCACAGCCACAACUACCUCUGCUGCUUCUCGAACCACUACACUGAUGGUAACAACACCUAAAGCUGUGGUUUGUGGACGAGCCCCACUGAACUCAGGUGUUUUGGAUGGAAGUUCAGUGGCGACUGCGGGUCAGUGGCCGUGGAUGGCGAGUCUGCAGAGGAACGGACAGCACGUGUGCGGCGGAACGCUGGUGUCUUUAGACUACGUGUUGAGCAGCGCUGACUGCUUCUCAGGGUCGUCUGUGGCGUCCGAGUGGAGGGUUGUUUUGGGUCGUCUGAAGCAGAUUGGAUCAAACCCCUUUGAGGUGUCGCUGAAAGUGACAAGAAUCGUCCUCAGCAACCUGACGGGCUUCAACAUAGGAGUGAUGCAACUGUCAAGUCAGCCCCCGCUGGCGGAUUACAUCCAGCCCAUCUGCCUGGACAACGGAAGAACGUUCCUGGAAGGAGCGACGUGCUGGGCGGCGGGCUGGAAUUCUGGACGGGGAGGAAGUGAGCAGGUUAUGCAGCAGUUCCAAACCUCACUGUUAAACUGUGGAGGAGCACUGAGCAACAGCGUUUGUACAACUGUCUUCCCACUGCAGCAGGGUGACUCUGGAGGGCCCCUCAUGUGUGAGCAGGAUGGAUCCUGGUUCCAGGCUGCCGUCCUAUCCUUAGACAACAGCUCGUCCAGGAAAAAACGGAGCAAUUCUCAGAUGGUUUUUGUCAAACUGAGUCUUUUUCGGGACUUCUUGGUUCAGAUGAUGGACCCUUUCUACUCUCCGACCUCCAGCAGCGGCAGAGCCGCUCAGGCUCACCAGAUUUUGUGCCUCCAUCUCUGUUUCCUCACCUUCAGUCUCCUUCUCUAAGAAAGACUGUGGUCAUGGAGGAAAAUCUAGAUAAUGUGAAGUGUAAUGUCAUCACUUUGAUGACAUUAAAAAUGCAGAGCUGUACCACUGGGUGUGUACUAGCACAGAGUAGCUCUUGAUGGUUAGUCACAGGAUUUUUCAGUUUUAUUCUUUCUAUGUAAGAAACUUGCUGAGGUUAAUGUGUUCAAAUCUGUUUGAUUUUCUUAGUUUUUAGAAAAUCCGCUUGAUUAAAAAAAAAUGUAAGAAAAUUUCACAUCUGCUGAAUCAGUUAAAAUAAAAGUGAUGUUCGGCCAGUCUGUAAAUAGGUGACUUUUGGAGCUUUGAGCUGUUGAAGAUGAAUGUAUCUGUGCAACUCAAAACCACCUUUGGUCUUUUUAAUGCUGCUUCUUUAGUAGAUACAUUGUGUUUUGUUGUUUAUAAGCUGCAAAAGCAGUGCACAUUUUUUAACAGGAACUGUACAGUAAUUAAAAAUAAAUAAUAAUGCUGUCAAACCCAUGCAUGUUACUUGCAAUGUAUCCUUAUUACUGUUUGUGGACACGGUUAGAAGAGUCUUCUUCUUCUCACCUGUUUCAUAUAAUGCACAUAUUUGGGGGUUGCUUUCUCUUCUGUUUUCAGGUGUAAACAAUGGGUUGCAUAAAGGAUAUCAUAAAAUGUGGCUGCAUUUUAUGACGUAAUCAACCUGAAUCACAUUUGAUACAUGCAUUUCUGAGACACCACUUGUUUUCCGCCCUGUAGUUCAUGAUCAUUCCACUAGAGGCAGUAGAAGGACUUUACCUGCUCAUUUCAAAAUGGCAGCUUCCGUGAAAUCUCACUGGAAAAGUUCUGCUAAUUCUCUGAACUUUGU